CUACUCACCCAUUCUCACGCUCCUUUUCAAUGCGGACCGUGGUCAGGUGAAGGUCCUGUUACUGUUGCUACGUGGCUGAAACAUGGUCAAACGGGCGGGAAAAAGAGCGAGAGCCGUGGAGCUGGAAGAUACGCUCUGUUGCUGCGAGUAUCUCGAUCGGAAGGGCCAAAGGAGCCACCUAGCGGCGUGUCUCUGCGAAUGUGAGGACCUCGAUGAGUGCUGUGAAAGGUGGAUGACUUGCAAAUCUUUACCUCCUGGAAUAUUAGAGAGAAUCACAGAAACCUUCAACGAUCGUUUCCGUUUUCCAUGGAUUCGAGGGGCUGUAAAGAUCGAUAUCAGCCUCCUCCCGCCAAUCAUCUUGCUUCCUUUUUCCCUUCACAUAGCAGCUUUGCACUUUCUUUUGGCCCUCGUCAUUCUGAUAUCACUUCCUAUACUAGUACUAUGGUAUUACUACCUCACACAUAGGAAGAAAGGUCAGACUCUCUUCUUCUUAAGCCUGGGGCUAUUUUCCUUAGGUUACAUGUACUAUGUAUUUCUCCUGGAAGUGGUUCCCCGGGGCCAUGUGGAAUACAGUCAGGUGGCUCUUCUUACUUGUGGGUUAAUCUUGAUGCUUGCAGCCUUACAUCGAGCCAAGGAAGAUCCUGGCUACCUUUUCAGCCAAAUGAGCAGUGACAAAACACUUUGCCAAGAUAGCUGCAGUAAUAACAUGUUCAAUAAGAAUGGCCUGGGAAACUCCAGUGGGCUUUGCAGAGUACCUGCCUCUGGUGUUGCUAUACACAAUGACACUGAGAGCAACUCCACAACAUUGGAAGCAGGGACAGGUCAGGGCGCAAAGGACUGGUGCACCAAGUGUCAGCUGGUGAGACCAGCUCGAGCCGGGCACUGCCGAAUAUGUGGCAGGUGUGUGAAGAGACUGGAUCAUCACUGUGUCUGGAUUAACAACUGUGUUGGAGAACAGAACCAUCAAGCUUUUGUCCUUGCUCUCUUCCUGUUUCUGCUCACUUCAGUAUAUGGGAUUUCUUUGACUUUGGAUACCAUUUGUACGGGAAAAAACACCCUCAGUGCUCUGUUCUACUGUCCUGGUGUCUAUGGAGAAUACAGUUCAGCCCUGAUAUUCACCAGUGUAUGGUAUUGUGCCAUUGUAACUUCUGGUAUGAGCUACAUCUUUCUUCUUCAGCUCUUGAAUAUCAGCUAUAACAUGACUGAAAGGGAAGCUCGUAUUGCAUUACGGGAGAAUACUGGGCGGAAGUUGUUAUGGGGUAUGGUGGUGGACACGGACCAAUAUAAUCGAGGUUUUUUGUACAAUUGGAUCCAGUUUUUCACCUUGCGCUCAUCUGAUCUGCAGCAGACUGCUGAAAAUGUUGUAUGAAGGAGUUUUUAAUUAUUAAUGUUAUCAUUAUGUACCUAAAGGCAUUCUGGGCAAAUAGCUCUCAUCUACUGCAAAUGAAGACUGGAAUAUGAGGAUAGUUUAAAGCCAUAUAGCAAACUGCAAUAUCACUUUCUCAGAAAUAGACACAUACCAAAUGUUUUGUAGGAAGACCUCAGUAUGAUCGUGAUUGCUUAUAUUCUUCACUUGAUACCUAUUAGUGUCAGGUGAGGGAAUGGAAAUAUAAAAACAACCAUCACAGGUGAAAGAAGCAGAGACUUCCCUGUUGAGGUUGCUAUGACCUUGAGGUUUUAGCAUUUCUUUGAAGGCAGCUCAUACUUUCUCUUCUCAGCUCAUUCUGUGGCAUAUAUGGACAUAUGAAUCACGUGGUCAGAGUAUUAUGCUGGGAAGCCAUAGAUUUGAGGGAGGCAUGGUCAUACAGUUACAACAGAAUGAAUUGCCUUUAAUACAUGGUUUCUUCAUAUGUACGGCAGCCCCCUACAUCUCCCAGGAAAGAUUCAAGAAACCUGACUAAAGAUUCAAAAGGGGACCAUUUAUUGUGAAGGCAAAGGUAUUCAGCUUUGAGCACAAGAGUUUCACACCACAACUUUCCAAUCUCCUAUGUCAGUUAUGAAUUGUGGAGAAGCAGGUUGUUUAUAUGAGUGGUCCUAAUAUGCUAUUUUCUGGUUCUGAUUUUUCUAUGUGGGAUCCCUGUCUUCUUUGGAUUCAUACCCCAGAUUUAACAGGCUGCAUUCUUAAUUUUAUGCAUUUCUCUGAUGCUGAUAGCCAAAUCUGGCCAUAGGUUCUGCCUCAGUUUACCUUCCUAAUAAGCAACCAUGUUGGAAGAUCAUUUAAAGGCAGUUUAUUAGGGUACCCUGUUAAACUGGGAUUUCUCUGAAAAAGAACCCUGAGACCCAUUUUACAUUCCUUUUUAUAGUUAACACAACAAAGAAAAAUGAAAGAGAAAAGUUGGUUGAAUAAGAUAAGAGUAACCCCUCCUUGCACA